AUGAGCAUCCCGUGGGAGUUUGCCAGCGCUGGGUUAAAGGGAACAUCCGUGUGUCAGGUGACUAUAAUCGGAGCGACGGUGAUCCUGCUGUACUCGUCCCGUGCGUGUUACAACCUAGUGGUGCUGGCACUGGCAAAAAUCAAGAGCUUCAACUCAUUCGACUACGACUGGUACAACGUAUCAGACCAAGCAGAUCUGAAGUCGAUGUUGGGCGACGCUGGAUAUGUGGUUUUUGGGGUAAUCCUGUUUGUUUGGGAGCUGCUGCCCACUUCACUGGUGGUCUUCUUUUUCAGAGUCCGUAAGCCGGCUCAGGAUCGGGUAUGA